CAAAAAAUAUAAACUGGACUCUAAUUGAAAAUGUGUUCGAGAAAUAGAGCUAUGACUGAUGAUGAGUUAAUAAGAAUACUUGAAGAAGAUAUUCCAUUCGAUUUAUCUGAACAAACCGAUGAAGAGGAUGAUUUUGAACAGGAGGAGGAUAAUAAUACUGAUCACUUUACGGAUGUUUUUGAAAGAAAUUUAGAUAACAUGUUUAAUGAAGACGAAGAAUUAGAUAUUGAAAUGGGACCUGCGGUACCAUCUACAUUACAAGAUAUUACAAAUAUUUUACAUGAAUGCAGGACUUGGAAAAAAAUUGAAGAAGAUAAGAAUAUUGGUCCUUAUUAUUUGCCAGAAGGUAUACGGUAACCAUCAUAAUAUUUUAGUAUGUAUUGAAAUUCUGUUCUCUUGCAGGUGUAAAUUUAGACGAAAUUUCCGAUUGUGAGACACCCACUGAUUUUUUUAUAAAGGUAAUGGGUCCUGCAAUAAAACACAUAACUUUCCAAUCGAAUUUAUAUGCCACCCAAAAAAAUAAAAACUUAAA